AUGGCACGGGUCUACGCCGAUGUCAACCAGAACAUGCCCAGGAGCUACUGGGACUAUGAUUCUGUCAAUAUAAGCUGGGGCGUCUUGGAGAACUACGAAGUUGUACGCAAGAUCGGCCGUGGCAAAUACUCCGAGGUUUUUGAGGGCAUUAACAUUGUCAACUAUCAAAAAUGCGUCAUCAAGGUGCUUAAGCCUGUCAAGAAGAAGAAGAUUAAGCGAGAGAUCAAGAUCCUACAGAACCUCUCGGGUGGUCCCAACAUCGUCGCUUUGCUAGAUGUAGUUAGGGACAGCCAGAGCAAGACACCGUCGCUUAUCUUCGAAUACGUGAACAACACAGACUUUAGGAGCCUGUACCCUAAGUUUGUUGAUAUCGAUGUACGGUACUACAUCUAUGAGUUGCUCAAGGGGUUGGACUUUUGUCAUAGUAAGGGAAUCAUGCACAGAGACGUGAAGCCUCAUAACGUUAUGAUCGAUCAUGAGAACAGAAAAUUACGUCUCAUCGACUGGGGUCUAGCUGAAUUCUACCAUCCCGGAACCGAGUACAAUGUGCGCGUUGCAUCUCGAUACUUCAAGGGACCGGAACUGUUGGUAGAUUUCCAAGAAUACGACUACAGUCUGGAUAUGUGGAGUCUUGGCGCGAUGUUUGCGUCUAUGAUCUUUAGAAAGGAGCCAUUCUUUCAUGGCAACAGUAACUCGGACCAGCUUGUUAAGAUCGCCAAGGUUUUAGGCACCGAUGACCUAUUCGACUACUUGGAUAAGUACGAGAUAGAGCUGGAUCCCCAAUACGACGAGAUCCUGGGUCGUUUCCAGAAGAAGCCUUGGCAUAGUUUUGUCAAUUCCGAAAACCAGCGAUUCGUCAGUAGCGAAGCGAUCGACUUUCUCGAUAAGCUAUUGAGAUAUGAUCACCAGGAACGGCUUACGGCCAAGGAAGCCAUGGCCCACCCUUACUUUGCGCCUAUUCGGGAUGAGGCGACCCUCAAGCAGUACUUGAAUGGUGCAACUGUAAGCUCUGAAACCUGA